GCUCCUCGACUGCUACUUCCACCGACUGUAGCUGCCUCCGGCGGUCGGGUCAUCACCUCCUCGUCGCCGGCUACCUACUUGGGCCUCUCGAACGACCAGACUGGCGAUCAACUGCAAGAGCAUGAGCUUGACUUUCCGGCUGAUCACUUGGAGCCAGUCUGUUCUGACCUGCUCGCGGCUGCCUCUCUCGACACGGCCUGUUUUGUUCCGCGUUCCUUCAUCUCGCCCAAUGAUCGGGCGACUAUGCGCUCGGGCCAGCUGGUCGAAGCGAGGUGUCGCAAGCGAAAAUCAGGUCCUGUCGUGGGCGCUCUAAUGGACGCGGGCAAUGAGGUGGAUCUGAUCGAGGUGGAGCAAGAGGGGCUGGUCAGAUCCCGACGAGACGGCAUUGUUGGCUGCGACGAUAGUGACGAUGAAGUGGAGGAGGACGAGAUCGAGGACGAGGACGAGGACGAGGACGAGGAGGAGGAGGCUGGUGUAAGAGGCUCUUACAGGCGGUCGUGUGCAACCUCUCGGACGAUGGCAGCUCAGCGAUCCUCGGCCAACGGGGUUUUGCAUCGACGCAAGACUCGAGUGUCUCGUGCCAAUCUCCGACGUCACAUUUCGCCUCGCCUCGCCUCGCCUACCGUCACAUCGCGGGCCGCCCGACGACCGGGUCGACCCUUGAAGCGUGCACCGGUUGAGCGCGACACCGACUGGCCGUCAGUGCAUUGGUGUUCCGGCAACUUGGACGGUUUCGGCAUGGACAGGCUGGAACGCGUGGAAGCCUGUGCCAUGGCAGGCAAAGAGGGCAAUCCGUCUGGUUGUGGUGAAGAUGACGACGAUGCUGCAAGCACCGUCUGCGCCGAGGUCAAGACGGGACCGGCACAUCGACGCUCGAGUCGUCUUCGUCUGGGCACUCGAAAGGCGUUGGAGAGCGCAGAGUUGGCGCUGCGAAAGCGACCUCGACGUCGGCGUCGACAACCGGCCGCCUCGACGUUGUCUACAUCGCCUGGCGCCAGUCUGGCGGCGACUGUCGCCUCGACUUCAGCCUUCACCGUCGGUCGAGCGGCCAGAGGCCGACAACCAACCGGUGGACGUGCCCUGGCGGCUGCGGCACCGGUUGCGUCUCGGCGUGGCCGACGUCCCAGCGUUGCAGGCGGUCUCAAAAGCCAAACGCAUAACGUUGCCAGAGGUUGGGAGCCGAUGCGGGCAAGACGUCCUGUUGGCCGAUGGUCCACUCGCCUCUCCACCGCCAAACCGGCCCCGGCUACGGACACAAGUCGGCCUCGUGUUCGCCAGCAGUCGACGGUCUCCUCCGCUUCGUCCAUCUCUUCCUCGUCUUCUUCGUCUUCGUCUUCGUCUUCGUUUCCUUCUCUGUCUUCUGCUAACGCCACAUCCUCUCUUCCCUUGCCUGGCCAGCAUAGGCACAGCCUACGCCGUGCCCAAUGGCCCGGUAGGCAUUUGCAAUAUCGACUCUAG